AUGACCACUCUUCGGGUAGUGCUGCACGUUGCUGCUCACCGUGACUAUGAGCUGCACUCUCUCGACUUCAGCACUGCUUUCUUGCAGGGCAGCUUGCACGAGGAGAUCUGGCUGCGUCGCCCACCUGGCUUCUAUGGGUCUUUCCCUCCUGGUACCCAGUGGAGUCUCCGGCGUCCAGUUUACGGUCUCUGCCAGGCGCCACGUGAGUGGCACGACACACUGAGGACUACGCUUGCGGCACUUGGGUUUGCUCCUUCUACUGCCGACCCGUCGCUGUUUUUGCGCACCGACACCUCUCUGCCGCCGUUCUACAUCCUCGUGUACGUCGACGACUUGGUCUUUGCCACAGCUGACACUGCUGGACUCGCCUACUCACACAUGGUGCAGCAGGUCCUUCAGCGCUUCGGCUUCACGUACUCCUCACCUCAGGCCACUCCUCUGCCUACUCGCCACUCGCUCUCAGCUCUGCCUUCGAAUGAAUUCGUAGAGUCGAGUGGCCCGUAUGCAGAGCUUGUUGGCUGCCUCAUGUACCUGAUGACCUGCACACGACCUGACCUUGCAUACCCUCUCAGCAUUCUCGCACGCUAUGUUGCUCCUGGGAGACACCGACUAGAGCACAUGGCUGCAGCGAAGAGGGUGUUGCGCUACUUGUGCAGUACGUCGGGCAUGGGGCUAGUGCUUGGAGGGCGGAGUCCAGUGGUCCUCACUGGGCACGCGGACGCUUCUUGGGCUGACGACCAGGCUACGCAGCGGUCGUCACAGGGUUACACCUUUGGCCUUGGUUCCGGCUCUGUUUCAUGGCGGGCUACUCGCUCGUCUUCUGUUCUCGACUCCAGUUGUGAGGCUGAGAUCUACGCCGGGGCUAUGGCUGCUCAGGAGCUUCGCUGGCUCACCUACCUGCUGACCGACCUUGGAGAGCCGCCUCGUUCUCCUCCAGUCCUGUACGUAGACAACAAGGCCAUGCUGGCCUUGUGUCGAGAGCAGCGACUGGAGCACAGAACAAAGCACAUUGCUCUCCGCUACUUUCUUGCUCGUGAGCUACAGCAGCGUGGACAGUUGCGACUUGCGUACGUGGCCUCUGAGGCCAACACUGCUGAUGUCUUCACCAAGGCACUUGCGCCUUGUGAUCAUCAGCGUUGCUGCACGCAGCUAGGUCUUGUGCCUGUCUUGCCUCACUUGCUCACUUCUUGA